AUGGCAACUUCUAUAAUAAAGUUGCGGGCUUUUUCUGGUUCCUGCGAUGGAGGUCCACCCUGUUAUUUACUUCAAGUCGAUGAAUUCUAUUGUCUUCUUGACUGUGGAUUCUGUGAGGACUUUGAAAGUCCUUACGUAAAAGAAGUAUCUAAAUGGGUCGACCACAUAGAUGCCGUACUUUUAAGCCAUCAAAGCCUAAGACAUUUAGGUCUUUUACCUUACCUGGUUGGUAAAUGUGGAUUGAAAUGUCCUGUCUAUGCUACUACUCCUGUUUACAAAAUGGGCCAAAUGUUUCUGUACGAUGCUUAUCAAUCAAGGUAUGCUGCCGAAAAGUUCGACGCAUUUACCCUGGAUGAUAUUGAUAAUGCAUUUGACCUUAUUGUUCAAGUUAAGUAUCAACAAACUAUCAGCCUCCAUGGACGCGGACAUGGUCUAGCUGUUACACCCCUUCCAUCAGAUUUUCGCGCUCAAGCAGGUUGA